UUCUUUAUUCUCUUCCCUUGGAUUUUGGGGCGGCCGCUUAAAAGCUCGCGAGGCGACUGCUUUCCUCUCCCCUGCUUAACGGCUCUCUGCGCUUUAGCUUCGUGUGCUCUGACCUCUCUUCCGUGGAGGUAUGGAUUUCCAGAGCAGCAGUGGCUACAGCGUCAGCAGCAGUAACAUUGAUAUGUGGGGAUGGCAAGAAGAAGGGUUUUGCCUGCCGAGAGACUCCCAGCUUGGUUUACCCCAAUGCCUGUGGGGUGAUAAUAACCAAAAAGACGAGAGUUUGCUGUCUACGCUGGGAGAUCAAACUCCGAUUAAAGAUUGCAGAGAUCUAGGCCUUGAUGUCAUGCAUACAUCAGAUAAGGCAAAGAAGGUUGUGGAGGAAGGACAAGAAGCAUCCCGAGGCAAAAGGCGUCGGAUUUUACAGUUUACUUCUGAUGCCGAUGGUACCACAGCUGACAACGAGCAGCUGUCGGCUCCAGUGCCAAUUUCUAAGGAGGAUUCAAUGGUGGACGAUGGUUGCCCAAAGGAUUCACAGUAUAAUCCCAUCUGCAGUUCAGAUGAUGUGCUUCUGUUUAGCAAUGAAGUCUUGGAUCAGUCAUCGGAUGAGUGGUUGGAGUACUUCAAUGAUAGUGAGAUGUACUGCAGCUCUAGUGAAAUAUCUUCCAGCAAAAAUGAUCAUGCCAAAUCCAUUGCUCAAGUAAAUGUUUCAGAUUUCUGCAAUAUGGAACCCGAUGCAAUGACUAAUCGCAUGCUGGAAAUGCCUAAUGCUGCUACUCCUAAGAUUUCCAAAGGUACAGAAUCCUGCAUCAAUUCUCCAACAAAGUUGACUACGUUUGUUGCCUAUCCUUUUACCCUCAUAAAACCAUGUCAACUUCAAGGGCACUUGACUUUGAACGAUAUAAAUCAGCGAAUUCAUGCUCCACCAUCAUCGAGAUCAAGAGACAAGAAGGAUGAUAAACCAACCUUUGUUUAUCCAACAAAGUUGACUACCUCUGUCGCCUAUCCUUUUACGCUCGUAAGACCAUGUCAAGUUCAAGGGCACUUGACUUUGAACGAUAUAAAUCAGCGAAUUCACGCUCCAUCGCCAUCAAGAUCAAGAAACAAAAAGGAUGAGUAGGUGGCUUCCUUUUAACAAUACAAGCGAACAGUGUGGCAAGGCAUCACCAAGAUCCUCACUACCAAUGGCUGCUGACCACAUAGGUCCAUUCUAAACUAUGUUGUGUGCGUGGCAUCCCAAUGAUUCUUUGUUUCUGUCGGGCUUAUGAUAAAUUUUGGGUGGCUACUCUGUAAGUUCUGAGCACAAUCCUUACUUUUUACCAGAUCCAUUGCACAGUCGUUAGUUUGGCAUUUCCUCUGAGUCUAAGUUUGUGUGCUCGUUGUAUUCGAAUGAAAUAUAAGUUAUAUGAUGCUCCUAUUGAUUGAGAAGAA